GUCAGUACCCUGCCGCGCCGGUGAACACGGGGCCUCAUGAGUGAAUUUGAGCUUUGAAAAAAGAGGGGAAUUGGACCUUUGUGGGGAGCCUGUUGGACCUGGGCCUCUGCUAUAUACAUACCUAUUGGGCAUAACUUCUCGCUUGCACAGGGCGUUUUCAUACUCCCCCACUUUUUGGGCCAUAAGUCAGUUCGACAGUUUGUCAGUGGCUCUCGUCGCGGUUCGUUAUAUUCCCUCUAUGUGAAGUGUUGUGGACUUGGGUGUGGUGAUCACUGUGAAUUCUUACAUGUGUAUACACCAUAGUUUAUAAACCGAAAAGUGGCACGCAUAAUAUGCGUCUGUGUUGAAUGUCGGUUUUCACCUAAGGUGAAGGGAACUAGUGAAUAGUGCAGUGAGAAUCGAUGGAUUUAGAGUUUUAGAAUUAUUGAAGCCUAUGAAGAGUUCGUGGAAGUUGAAAGCCUCUUUUACACUGGUGGGCUGUUGCUCUUGGAUUUUCGACGCAAAUUUAUUAAGGGAUUGCCUCUCUAGAACCAGACCUUUUUCUUUUUUCUCUCCUUUUUGGAAGGGAACGUUGUUAUGGAUGAAAGUUUUGUUUGCCGUCUCUCUCCACUCAUGAAUUGCAGAGAGAGAAUCCUAAUAAAGUGACCUAAAUUUACCACAUGAGAAGUUUUCAUACAGUUUAUGUGGAAUUAUUUUUUUUUGGGUUUUACGAUACAACGUCUUGGAAUUUUUUUGAGCCAUGACCGUUUCUGAGGAGAUGGCUGCGGAAGCGGCGAUUAGAAGAGCCGAACGCGAAACUCUUCGUGGCGUUAUUCAACAAUGGAAUGCCAAUCGCCUGGAUCUUUUUGAACUCUCAGAACCUAAUGAGGAUUUGGAGUUCCAUGGGGUGAUGAGAUUUUAUUUUCAAGACAGCGGGCAAAAAGUUGCUACAAAAUGUAUAAGGGUAGCUUCGGACGCAACCAGUCAAGCAGUUAUAGAAACUCUUAUCGAAAAAUUCCGACCAGAUAUGCGAAUGUUAUCCGUCCCUGAAUAUGCUCUUUAUGAAAUUCACGAAAAUGGAGAGGAACGAAAAUUGGGUUUGGAGGAGAAGCCUCUAUUGGUUCAAUUAAAUUGGCACGUGGAUGAUCGCGAAGGGAGAUUUUUACUUCGGAGAAUCGAUGACAAAACAAAUGCUCAAGGAGUAGGUUUUGCUGAGGGCACUAGUUUUCGAAGAAAAUUGAGUAAACGUGAGAAGAAGCAAAUAAAGAAACAAGAGAAGCUCAGUCGAAUGAAAAGUGCUUGCGAACAAGAUGAAAAUACUGCGCCAAUUGAUCAAAAUGGAGUUGCCGAAAAACUUUACACUGAACUUCCUGAGACGAGUUUCACUCGCAGUAUUUCAAAUCCAGAAGCUGUGAUGAGACGUCGCAGACAGCAGAAAUUAGAAAGAAAACUACAACAAUUCCGUAGUAAGGACGGAGGACCCGAUACUGGUGGGACAUUGAAGAUUUAUGGUGAAGCACUUUGCAAGGACGUGCCUUACAAGACGUUGCUUCUAAGUGUUAGAGAUUCAGCGGUGCAGGUAGUUAGGGAAAUGCUCUCCAAAUAUAAUGUUCAAGACGAUCCCCAACAAUACUGUCUUGUUCAGGCUAACGGAGAAAAUACGAAUAGCAAUUCACAUCAGGAAUAUAUUUUGGAUGACGAUGAAUGUCCUUUAGCAAUUCUCAUGAAUCAUCCUUCAACACGUGGUUCAAUUAUGUUCCAUGUGAGGAGAAGGCCGGCGGAUUAUGUGCCUCGCAAAAGAAAGAAGAAACCAAGUGGAAAGUGGGGUGAAUUUGAUCAUCGCUAUGAAGACGAGAGAUUGCCAUUUUUCGUUGAAUUAAAUCCCGAUGGCACUGAUAUUGCCAAUGGAGGUGGAAUUCGUCAUCGAUUGAAGCCAAAUAAUGUCACCGAAGUUGGAUCGGAAAUUCCAAUCGAUCCAAAAAUUCAGGCGCAAACGAUAAUUCUUGCUGGACCAACCGUGAUGCCUAGACAUUGCAUUAUUGCUUAUACCGAUAAUACUGUAACAUUAACUCCCUGCUCGAGGGAAGCUCACACAUACGUCAACAAUGCGAUGAUCAAUUACACCACAAUUCUUCAGAAUGGCGCUAUUGUAAAAUUUGGAAGGUCGCACACUUUCAGGUUUAUUGAUCCUACACCUGAGGAUCGAAUGAGGUACAGACAUGAUUCCAAUCGACAGUUGGAUGCUUACGCUUACGAUAGAAGAUCGCCUGAUGCUACCAGCCAGGAGGUGAGCUCUGAAAAAUAUAGAUCGGAUUCUGGAACACCAAACGGUGGUCCAGGUUCGAAUCCGCCAAGUCCCACAAAAUCUGCCGCAAGUCCCAGGAGCCCCACCCACAAUCCAUUGGAAACGACGCACAAUUAUGAGACCACUUUUGAUCUCGAUGGAAAUGUAGAAACCGCUAGUCUCACUAGUAGCCGUGACGGAAACAGACUGUCUCAACAACCGAGGGGCACGGAUCCAAUAUUGCCGGCUGUUUUGGAAUUUUUGGAACAGUCGGAGGACACUUUUCUUCACGCUGUUAUCACAGACGUGGAGCCGAAUUCUCCGCAAUUUAAACUCGCGCCUACUUACACUCUGUAUCUGGCUGCGAGAUACAGAGCGAGUACUCACUACAGACCUGAACUUCAACCAACUGAACGAGCACACAGACUCACUGCAAUGUUGGAAAAAGUUGCAAAUAUGAUUCAUCAAGUUAUUCAAGAGCGGUACAUGAACGCUUUAUCCCUGGCGCUUUGGCUGGCGAAUGGAUCAGAACUUUUACACAUGCUGAAGAGCGAUCGUCACAUCACAUCGUUUUCAAUUCGAGCGCAGGAAAUUCUUGGUGAAGCUGUACAUUUUGCGUUCGCCUCAUUGGUACGGUGUGUGUCAUUGGAAUUGGCACCGGCAAUGGUUCAAUUUAUGGCCGACGCUGAUGAGCCCGCAAAAGAAGCGGGUGUAUUGCAAAUAUUUUUCAGCACCAUGGCACUCUUGAGACGUUGUCGAGUGAAUGCUGCACUAACAAUUCAACUCUUUAGCCAUCUCUUCCAUACGAUAAAUGCAACCGCCUUCAAUGCACUUGUUUCAAAUGGAAAUCUUUGCGUUAGAUGGUUUGGUCGUAGAUUGAAGGCAAGAUUAAAUGCUCUCGAGACGUGGGCAGAGAGACAGGGCCUUGAAUUGGCAAGUCAGUGUCAUCUUGCAACAAUUAUGCAAGCCACACAUCUUCUUCAGGCUCCAAAAUAUAAUGCUGAAGAAUUAGCCACAUUAAGUUCAACUUGCUUUAAACUUAAUUCACUACAAGUCAGAGCGCUUCUACAAAAAUAUCAACCUGCUCCCGAUGAGCCGAGAUUGCCUGCUGAAUUAAUCGAAAACGUAGUUAGGGUGGCGGAGAGUGUAGCGGAUACUUUGGCGAGAGCAGAUGGAAGAGAAAUUCGUUUAGAAGAGGAGCCAACUUUGGCUUUAGCUUUGCUACUACCCGAGGAUGGUUACAGUUGUGAGGUGAUUAGAGGCGUGCCUCCUGGUUUGGCGGAAUUUUUAUUACCCCUUCAGCGUGACGGAUUAUGUCGAAUGGCUCCUCAACUGACCAGCAGUGGUUUCUGGACUAUUUACAUGAUUGACCAUCACAAUAAUUUCCGAAGUCCGAGCGCAAUGAGUAACAGAUCAGGAAAUUUCUCUCAUAUCGGACAGAAUCAAGGACAACCGGAAGUUCAGGUUAUCAAACUUCAUAAAUCUACGAACGGAAUGGGCCUCAGUAUAGUUGCAGCAAAGGGUGCUGGACAAGAUAGGCUGGGAAUUUAUAUAAAGAGUGUCGUUGCUGGCGGAGCUGCUGAUACGGAUGGUAGAUUAACUGCAGGUGACCAAUUAUUAAAAGUUGAUGGUCAAAGUUUAGUUGGAAUUACACAAGAAAAAGCUGCCGAGUAUCUUGUGCGAACGGGACCAAUUGUAACACUGGAAGUUGCUAAACAGGGUGCCAUUUAUCACGGAUUGGCUACUUUGCUUUCUCAACCUUCUCCUGUUAUGACCAGAGAGCUUAAUAAGGCACGACCAAAAUCGGAACAUUUAGAACCUUCCCGACUGGCAGAUAAAUCUUCACAACCAUCAACAUCUCAUUCGAUGGGCAAUUUAUUGAAUGUUCCAAAACAGGGAUAUCAAGAGCGUUUAGUCGAUUGGGAUUUAGAUCAUAUGCAACCAGGUGCGACAAAUCUUCAAGUAACACAAUCGCAUGCAAAUAGUUCAAAUCUCCCGACAAUUUAUCCAAUUAAUGAAUUACCAACAAACGAAGAUUACCAUCGUUGUCAUUCAAAGAAUUAUUGGACCAAACGGCAAAUUCCUAUUAUUCAAGAGCCGAAUCAAAUGUUCCUAACAAUUCCGAGCCAUGGCGAACCAUAUCCCCCUUAUCCCGUAAGAGUUUCAAGAAAUUCAUCAUAUGGUUAUUAUACUGACGACAAGACUGAAUUAAUUUUUCCCACGAGAAAUUCCUCUGAGGAUAGUGUCGAUUCCCUGGACGAUGAGAGGGAGGAGGAGUCGAUUCCCUACAUUGAUGACGAUAAAUCCGAGGAGAGUCAAAUUGACGAUUUUUGUUCCGAUUGCUCGAAUUUUAAGAAAGAGGGCAAGGAAACGAAAGUAGAUGAGAAGGAAAAUUCGAGUGAGAGAGAAAUUCCUGUUGAUGAUGACGAUGAUGUUUUUAAAGACGAAGUUUUAGUAAUUUCAACUCCAAAAAUGCAUACAAUAAUGCCGGAACUGAAUUUAGAUCUCAGUGGAUUGAACAGUGAUAUUUCGAGUGAGGAUUCGAAUCCCGAAAAAUGUUGGAAAUCCCCCGAAGAAGUUCGUCUUGGUUGUGGUCGAGUGGCCGCACUCGCAAAACAUUUCUCCAAACUCGGUGAAUCCGGUCUGAUUAAAUUGAAAUCAAUGAAACUCAACGGUUCUCGUCAAUUUAUGUCCGAGCCGGACGUGGCUCUACACGACCAAGUGGAAAAAAUAUCGAAAAAGGAAUUCAAAUCCGAAAGCGAUUUGUCGAAAUUAGAUAAUAAAAAUUUGACAAACACUCCGGAAAGGGAGUGGAGCAUGAUACUAUUGGACAUUCAAUUCAACGAUCAAAUCAAUCGAGAAAAAGGGGAGAAAUCGACAGAAAUCGAUUCGGAAAAUUCAUCGAAAAUGAAUCAAAAAAAUGAAUCGAAACUCUCACUUGAGGAACAAGAGAAUAUAAUUGAACAAUUGAAGGAGUUUUCGAAUCUAGACAAUGUCGACGCUCCGCUUUUUAUUCCGAAAGAAAAAUGUAAAAGUUCGAAUUCGAAUUCCGACAAAGAGACAAUGACGGAUUCGAAUGAUUCAUCGACAAGUAAUAUUCCGAAAUACUCAAUUGUUGGAACGAUGCGACUGGAGAAUUUUCGACAACAUUCCCUGCCGUCAGUUCUCGGUAGUUUAAACAUUUCCCCGAAAAUGCCGAAAAAAAUAAAUAAAUUAGAGAAAUAUUGGUCACUGAAAGACUUGAUGUUCGACGACACAGACUCGAAUACAACAGUCAAUGAUUCUCCGAAGUAUUUUAUUUUCCCCACCUGCUCGAGGGUUGUGUCAGCGCCUGAAAUCACGAACGAAGAUGUCAAUUUUUUCCAGUUUCAUUCAAUUUCCGAAGGCGAGAAUUUGAACAUUCACAGUACGUUAUCGGUGAAUGGGGACACUGUAAACACAGAUAUAAUGACAGAGACUUCCGGAAAAGAGAGAAAGGUUAAUUUUCAAAUAGAGAGUAAGACAAAAUUUCCGAAUUCGUUUUUAAGGACGAAAAAUUUAUCGAAAAGUCACGAGGAAUUGGGUAGAAGGAAAAAAGAUUUGGUUAGUAGUAAAAUAAUUUGUAAAUCAUUGGAGAAAAUACCGAAUAUGACGAUGAAGGGAAAAAGGAGUUUUUUACAACAGCCGAGAAAGGAGAAGUGUUCUUUUAUUGGAACUCAUGCGGCGAUAAAGUCGGUUUUGGAAAAUUAUAAUCAGAGAAAUGAAAAUUCAUUUCAUGGUGAUUCGAGAAAAAAGUUUGUUAAAGAAAAGGCAAACAGUGAUUUAGAUGUUUCUGAACGAAUGCCAACGCCGAGAUUUGAAAGAGGUGAUUGGAUCUUUCGAGAAUUUCCACCGUUGGAUACUAAUCCAGAAAUGCGACCCAGACGCAUGAGUGAACGUGAUUUGCCAUCACGUCUAGGACAUGAUCCGACUCCCCAACAAAUUCACAGCAGCAAGUCUGUCCCAGCCCUGCAUAAUGUAGGAACGGAGGGAAAACAGCAACAUGAAGUCUUCAGCGCCGGGUAUAGUAGAGCAUCUUCCAGUAAUAGUGUUACUCCACCAGUUCAACCGCCGCCAAUGCCAGCAAUGAAUGGAGCAUCUUCCUUACGAUCCAGGUCAAGUCAUAAUCUCCACGAUCCAAUGAGAAUUGGCACUUUACCUCCGUCAGGAUUAGUCAGCAGGCAACAAUCAUCUCCUAAUCUAACUCCAAGCCAGAUGCAUCCUCAGAAUAAUUUACAAGGGAACGAGGCUGAGAGAUUCUAUCAAAAUUUAAGUGUUUAUCGAAAUCAGGAUUCGACUGUAAAACAACAACCGAGUCCUCCUCAACCUUUGGAUGACAGAAGUUCGCUGCAUACACAAAAGAACUUGAGAGGUUCCCAAAGUUCUCUAAAUCGACCAGGAUUGGACCUGAAUCAAUCGAGAGACAGACCAAUAUCCGCCUACAUUCCACAAGGCCAGCAGCAAUCCUACGUGACUAAUCAAGGACAACAUCAAGGACUUCCACCCAGAUCUCAAUCGUCUCGUGAUAUAAUAAGACAAGAAGCGAAACUUCAAGAAAUGCAAGAGGAAGUAAGAAGACGCGAAUUACGCGGUGGUCCUCCAAUUUCCAACAACUAUCGACCCAAUUACAACGUGCGACCAAUGAUCGCACCACAAACGGCAAAUUCCAUUCGUCAAUCACGACCCGUCGGCUCAACUCCAAAUUUAGGUCCAACCUCUCCAACUUACGGCGCUCGACAAUUGCCACCAGGUUACGGAUACAAUGACAUGCAGUACAAUCAAAAUCAGUUUGCCAAGCAUCCGAUGCACAGUCAGUAUGGCAUGUUGCCAAAGGGGAAGAAUGACAUGCCUCAGGAUCCUGCCAUGCGACAAUUCGUCGAGCAACGACAAUAUUCACAGAACGGCGGUUCCUAUCCGAAUGGACAGACUGAAUUGAGAAACGAUCAGUAUUCUGGCGAGGGAAUUAUAAAUCGAAAUCAGAAUGGCGAGGGCGCUAUUUUGGGAAUGGAGAAUCCACCUUCGAGGCCCAUGCUUCCGGAGGAUGGUUUUCGGGAGAGUCCUCCGCCACCUCCGCCGAAUACCUCGACACAUCCGCUGUACAAUAAACAGUCGGACACGAGGUACACGGCCAGUAUGCAAGAUCCACCGAAAGGCGGUUAUUAUCCAACUACUGGAACGACUCAACAGCCGAGACAAUAUCAGUUCAGUGCUUCGAAUCCAUGGCAAAGGGAGGAACGAGAAAAGGAACAAGCGAGAAGAAGAGAGGCAGCGCGACAAUGGCGAGAUCAACAAAUCGCCGAGUUAACGGCCCUGCCUCAUCGAACACCACAGCAGGAGGAGCAAGUGCGAGCUCUGCAACUUGAAAGAGAUUUUCAGAAGCGCGCCGAAGAAGUUGCAAAUCAACAAGACGACGAUGACGAGAGCAACGAAGUUGAAAACGAAAGUGUCCAACGGGUACAAGGUCUCUUGCGAAUGGCAGCAACUCAAGAUCGAACAAAUCAAGCAAAUCAACAACAAACUCUAUCGCGAACAAAUACAAAUAAUCAAUCAAUAAGAGGUGUCCUCUCGCCACAAUCAGUUGGCAGCCAAUUGCAAUCGACAAAUGUCCCCAUGCACACAGCAAUUAGCCAUCAGGGUUUACAAGUUGCCGUCAAUUCCUAUGGAGGUUCCAAUGAAAAUACAAAUCUUCAUAAUCAAAAUCAAAAUCUCAAUACACAACAACCUCUGUCUCCAACUUAUGGCUCGGCUUUAAAUCAAAUCGCAACUAGUCAGAAACCAACGAUUAUUGGUACAACACAGAAUGAAGAACGUGAACGACAACGGAGGAUAGACGAUUUGAAGAGAAAGCAAAACGAGUUUGAUGAAAAUCAGAAGAAAAGAGAGGAGGAAAUUAGACAACAGCAACAAUUGCAAAUUCAUCAACAUCAGAUGCAGCAACUUUAUCAACAACAACAUCAACAACAACAACAGCAGCAGCAGACGAAUUUAAGAAGAGAUCCUAAUUUACAUCCAGGAAUGUUGAGAUUGGAUAAUCUUGUGAUUAACGGUCCUAAUUCUCCUUCUUCUCAAAAUGGAAGUAGUGAAGCUCCUCCUCCUCCGCCAGAAAGAGGAUCGAGUUAUGCAAUAAUGUCACAGCAGAGUGCUUUAAGAUCGAAUAAUUCAACAACUUCUAACACGCCAAUUGGUUCACAUCAAGCAACAACGAAACGUGUUUCUUUCCACGAUCCAAAUGCCAACACCGAAACUACUACGCGCAAUAUGACUGGAUCGACGAGCAAUACUUCAUUAACCAUGGAUACUAUUCGAGAAGAUCCAAAUAAUUUCAUAAACGAUGCAGAAACUCUUCUUGCUUCUCCUAAAACACCAGAAGGUCCAGGUGGUAUUUUUUCAGCAGCCACACCGGGCGUGAUUGGCGCUCAAGAAGUUUACAAAGAUCCAAGACAAAAGCGCUUGGCUGAAAAGCAAAAACAACAGAAUUCACAAAUGGGAGCUGUGCCAGAAAAGCUGAGCUUUAAAGAAAAAAUGAAAAUGUUUGCCAUGGAAACGGGAGAAGAUGGUACACCAAGAGACAAGGUAAAAAUUUCUCGAGCUCAACGUGAAAUUGACAACAUUGGCAGUCCUCUAAGUCCAAACAAUAACAGAAGUUAAAAAUUGUUAUUAAAAAUGCUGUGUCUACUCUGGACAGUAGGCACUUCAUUAUCAAGACUGCAAAAUUAAUUCCUAUCGCUAAAGACCUUCCAGUCUAAGAUACUAAAUUAUAUAUUAUUAUAAUUAUUAAAAAGAAAUUAAAAAAAUUCCAUCUUUAUUAGAAACGUUUACGAAAAAAAGACAAUUUCAACUUUUGUCUUUAUCUCCAAAGAGAGAUAACUGUACAUUUUUCUUGUACUUUAUUGAAUAUUAAUUACACAUUGUAGAAAACAAGGUAGAAAAUACCGUAUAGUUCAACUAUUGAAACUUGUACAUAAAGAUCAAUUAUCAGUUAACAUCCUGUUUGAUGUUUAUGUUUAAACUAUUUUAAAUUUUCAAUCUUUUUUCAAAACUAACGAAAAAAAUUCCCAAUACAAUUUACAUUUGUAUAAAUAGUUUUAAAACUACUUCUAUUUUAAAACAAAAGAAAUAUCAACCGUUUGCAGCGAAUUCAGAAAAGAAAACAACUUUUUUUCUUAAUGUAGAUAAUAGAAUAAAUUUAGAAUUUUAACACAAACUUCUUCUUCUUCUUCUGUUUUUUUGUUGUUGUAGAUUAAUGUAAUUUUUAGUCCUCGAGAGUGAAUAUUUUUUCAAAAAAAGAAAAUUCUCUAUAAAGAGAAAAUAAUAAUCAAAUAAUGUCAUUGAGUUAACACAGGUAGUAAUAUAUUUAAUCGUACACAUAAUAUCUCGAGUUUAUUACUAAAAAAAAAAUUAGGAAAUUAAAGAGGAAAAAAUUUUGAAAAUAUACAACGUUACGAAGAAAAACCCGUAGAUAAUAGAAUGACCGAAAAAUAAAAUAACUGUGGAGGCAAGGCUCUAAAAAACAGUUUUUAAUAAUGAAGAAAACUUAGCAAUAUUAGUGGAUAAAUGUUGAAAAUAAUUAUUAAUUUUUACAGAUUUAGAAAAAUCUGACAACAUUCUAUUAGAGGCAAUAACUCCUUCAUUUCAACAAAUCGAAAAUUUUUUUUUAUGUAUUUACAUUCCGAUUGUUACACUGUCUGAUUUUUUUUAUCUCUUUGGAUCUUUUUUAUCAGUUUUUUUUUCUAUACAAAUUUUAAAAAAAUACUCGCACUUUUAUUUUAAUAGUUUCUAAAUGGGAAUGAAUCAGAAAUGAUUAAUUCCUAAAUGGAAGUCGUAAAAUAGUUCUGAAUAGAAAAAAGUAAAAAAGUGUUUCUGGGAAAACGAAAAUCGAUGAGAAACUGAUGAGAAUUGGGAGAGUUGUCGGACAGUGUUUUUUUGCAUUAAAUUUUUUUUGAGAAAAGUUUUUAAUUUAUAAAAAUGCGAGAGCAAUGUUCGCUUUUUUUAGACAGUGCGCUGAAAGAAGAAAGACAUUUUGUCGACAUUGUCUUAUUCCGAUAAAUAAUUAAUAUCUAUCGAUAUUCUCUAUAUUGAAUGUGAUAUAAAGUAGGCCUUUGUUUAAAAAAGAAAAAAAUGGAAGAACAAUAAAGAUAGAAAAGAAAUUUCAAUUUGCAUGAAACAAUUUUAUUCUAUCAAAAAAUUGUCAACAAACUGAAUUCUAUUAUAAAAUAUAUCAGUAUAUGCGAAAGCAGUAUUUCGGGCCUAUUUAAGACCUUAGACUAUUUUUUGUUUCUUUAUUCAGAAUCCGGAAAUAUUUUCCAUAUUUUCCGUUUUUUCUGAAUUUUUAUUUUUUAAGGGCUAUAAUAGUGAUAUUUUUGAUCAGCUUGUUAAUUAAUUAAAAUAAAUAAAAAAAAACGACGCAAACUAACUUUUGGUCAAAGCCUGAUUAGAUAACGAACUGAGCCUUAUUCAGCCAUAUUAUAGUCAGAUUAUUAAAUUUUCAUAUUUCUCGAUAUAAAAAAAGUAGGUAAAUAGUUCAAAUGUUGAAGAAAAAAAUUAUUGUUUUUUGGAAAAUAUUUAAUUGUAUCUAUAUAGAGAGCAAAAAAGAAAAAAAAGAAGAAAAAAAUGAAAAAAAAGAAAAGGUGAAUUCCCUCCUUGUUGUGUAUAGCAAAAAAAAAUAUUUGCACUAUAUUUUGUAA